AUGAAUUUGGUUUCAACCAAGGCACACAGGAGACUAGAGAGCACUUUUCGUCUUUUCAAGGAGCGAUAUGAAGGUGUGAAGGCAAAACAUGCGGAACAGGUAGAGGUUGAGAAGCUCAAUGCAAAGAUUGAGGUCAUUGUCCAUGUCGAGAAGGUUUUUGGACAGAUUAAAGAGAAAGAAAGGCUUGAAGAAAAACUGAUCCUUGCAAAAGAAAUGAUGGCUCAGGUGAAAGUGCCAUUAUAUCCAGAUUGGUGCAAGUUGGGUGAAGCUUGGUUGUAUGACUGA